GCCGAGGUGAAAGAUGGAAAGCGGUAAGUGAAACCUGCAGUGCUGGUUUGUGUCGUUGUGUCUCUGGUCGUUAGUAAGGCUAUUAAACCACAUUUGAAUGAGUCACACGUUGCACACUUGCCACAGUCGUCCUGUGAAUCUGUCUAACACGUUCAAAAGAUCUUGUAUGAAAUAGGACAGCAACACGCACACACACGCAGUUCAUGAUUCAACAGACCUCAGGUGCAUUCAUUUAUUUUUCACCUGUGAACUUCCCCUAGGGGUUUUUUUCUCUCCUUUGGUUUUUGGACUAAGCCUGUUUGCCUAAUGAGACACUGGAGAGAAGGAUGUGGCCAUGAGUAUCUCACCAGAGUAUUCACACAAAAGGUGUAUAUCAGUGUCUUCUUAACAUCGAUCACAAAACAAAAGGAGCUCCAUGAUGCUGUUUUCAUUCAGGAGACACAAGAAUGGACACCAGUAGAUUCUUAAAUUUUAUGAUGUAACAGGGACGUCUGCAGCACUCAAAAAGGUUCAGGAGUUGUGUCACCUGCUGGGUGUGUAACCCGAAGACAAUAACACCGCGCCGACAUCGUCCUCCCUGAAACACAAUCCUUCCUUGGAACUGCACACCACACAACUUGGCUUGCUGAGCUUAAGGCAAUGGGGCGUAUUCGUAUGGUCACUCUGAUGGCAAUGCUUAUCACUUUAUUCCUGAUCUUUUACGCAAGUCUUCACCUGGAAACGUCUUCCAGUUACAGGACUGAACAGAGAUAUAUUACUCGCAAUUUCCUGGACAACAAUUAUGAAAUGGAAGCCACCUUAGAGACAGAGAGCACCACCCAAGCUCAACCCAAAGUCUACAACGUGUCAGAAGACUUCAAAAAGCUAAUACCUGACAAUAAAGCGUACUGGAACCGUAUGCUGCACUUCGGUCUCAGAAGCCAGGAUAACGGGAAAAGCCUUUUCAAAGACAACAUGGACUGCAACAAGGCAAAUCGAGAGCAUAUGCAGCUCAAUCUGCAUGACAUCAAUAACUACCCUGCCUUAUUCCAGGACUUUUUGUUGCUUAUGAACUGCAGGAUCUUUCCAGUCAUCAUCAAUCCGCCUGCCAAGUGCAUCUCCAGAAAAGGGGAUAGAAAGGACAAGACCACCCUGCUGUUGGCCAUCAAGUCAACCCCUUGGAACUUUGUGCAGAGACAAGUGGUGCGGGAGACAUGGGGACAAGAGAUAGAAUAUGAGGGAGGAGUGAUCGUGAAGACACUGUUUCUCCUGGGUACAACCUCGCAGGACUCACCUGACCUCAGCUCACUGCUGUCAUUUGAAGCGAAACGUUUUGGGGACAUCUUGCAGUGGGAAUUCCAAGAGUCCUUCUUUAACCUGACACUUAAAAUGAACCUGUUCCUCCGCUGGACACAGACAAACUGUCCUCAUGUCUCCUUUGUCUUCAGCGGGGAUGACGACGUAUUUGUCAACACCCCAGCUUUGGCCUCUUACCUGCGGUCUCUGAAGCCUUCUAAAGCAGACCAACUGUACGUGGGACACAUCUUAAGUAGCGCAAGUCCCAUAAGAGACCCCAAAAACAAAUACUACAUUCCCAUGAGCUACUAUGAUGGCCCGUACCCUCUAUACGCUGGUGGGGGUGGCUUCAUCAUCUCUGGAGCGUUGUUGCACCCUCUGUAUUUAAUUUCACAUGUGAUUCCUUUCUUCCCCAUCGAUGACGUCUACACAGGGAUGUGCACUAAGGCUCUGGGAAUCAUUCCCGAGGAACACAAAGACUUCCACACCUUUGACAUCAGGGAGCAAGACCGCGAGAAUCUGUGUGUGCACAAGAAACUUAUUCUGAUCCACCAGCGCUUGCCAAAGGAGAUGAAGAGGCUGUGGAGGGGCAUUCACAGCCCCUUGUUGACGUGUUGAAAAAGGUGCCGCAGUAGCAGGAGGAUGGGCAAGUGGUCGUUUUGCAAAGGCGAUCAUGAGAGAUGAGUUCAAGUUAUAAAACGGGUGAAUGUCAUCGAGAGUUUUGGUCCAUCAUUUGUCAACUGUUGAGGUGUUAACUAACCCCCUAAACCUGAGGUGUCAAACCUGCGGCCCACGGGUUUAUUUACAAAUAUAAAUUUAUAAUGUGAGUUUUUUUGUUGUUGUUGUUUUUUUCAGUUAUGUUUUUUUUUUUUUUUCGUAUCAUAGAAAUUCCAUGUCAACUCAGGCACUUUUAUUUUGAAAUUCUUAGCAAACAAUUCACACAAUGAGCAUACGCU